AUGAACUGCCCCGGACUUCCUGCUGUGCCGCCGUUUCUUGAGCGACCAGGCAAGCCUCCCGUUCCAUGGAGUCAAUGGCGGCGGAUGUUCGAUAAUUAUAUGCUUGCCAUCGACGGAAUAUCCUACAGGCCUGAUCGUCAAAAGGCAAUGCUCCUUCAUGCUCUUGGGACAGAGGGACAAAGAAUUUUCUACACGUUGUCAGUUCCUGCCGUACCGUCGGAACAAAGCAGCGGAGACUCCACCACAGCCACGGUAAAUGUGUAUAAAGAAGCUUUGGCAACACUUGAAAAGCGGUAUGCCGAGAGUUAUAACGUUAUGGUGGAGCGCAGGAAAUUCCGUCAGCGUUCUCAGCUGCCGGACGAAAGUAUCGAGGAAUACGUGACUGCUCUUCGAGGUCUCGCCAUUACCUGCAAUUACGGGACCAUGCUUGACGAAACACAGAUCGCGAGUCAUGUUGAGCAGAGCCGCAAGGAAGCCCAGCGGAUCUUGCAGGAGAACACAGCUGCGGUUGAAAAAGUGUUCAAGAAGCCGUCCAAGAGAUCAGCUGGCAAGCCCGCAACUCCCAAGCCCCAAGCUCAAGGGAAGAAUGCAACUACUUGCUUUCGUUGUGGUUCACCGUACCAUCUGGCGAACUCGCAGGAAUGCAAAGCCCGGUACAAAGAAUGUUUCAAGUGCAAGAAAAUUGGGCAUUUCGGAGCCGUAUGCAGAGGUGCAAAAAAGCAGCAACGCGGUGCCACUCGCGAAGUCGUAACUGAAGGCGCACAUCACGAGGAUUACCCGUCCAGGACAGAACCUGCAAUACUAUUGGAAGUGCAAUCAUCUGCGAAAAAGGCUAUCCACAUUACAGCAGAAGCCGGUGGAAAGGACGUCACGUUUUUAAUAGACACGGGUUCGUCAGUUUCCAUAAUUUCGUCGGUUGUGUAUCAGUCCACAUACGCCGAGAAGUUCACCCUGCAGCCUGCGUCAAUCGAACUUCACGACUAUUCGAGGAAAGAGAUCCCAGUGCGAGGGUGCGUCAUCCUACCUGUCAAGUACAAGACACGUAGCGCGACCCUUCUCUUUUACGUCGUACAUCAUGGAACGACACUAUUGGGGCUCGACGCAGUUGCUGCGCUAGACUUGCGGAUUGACGGGGCACUCUUACAGUGCCUGGAGACAGCAGUUACAACCGGUGCCAGCGAGCGAAUAGCAAAGUGCGAGUUUGCGAACCUGUUUUCACCGGAGCUGGGCCUAGCCAAAGGCUACGAACACAAAGUCAAAGUACGGACAGACGUGCAGCCUACAACUACUAAACUCCGAAGGCUACCCCUACAGAUACGUGACGAUGUGUCUAAAGAACUAAAGAAACUGCUGGAUAUGGGCGUCAUUGAGGCUAUUGAUGCAUCGCCCUGGGUAUCGCCACUUGUCGUGGCCAAGAAAAAGGAUGGUCGGAUCAGGCUAUGCGUAGAUCUGCGGGCACCAAACAAAGCUGUCGUGCCAGAUUGCUACCCAUUGCCGAAUAUGGAAGAGCUGCUGAACAAGUUAUCCGGUGCAAAGAUAUUUUCCAAGUUGGACUUAACAGCAGCAUACCACCAGCUCGUACUGGCCGAAGAGAGUAGAGAUCUCACUGCGUUUAUAACGCACGAAGGUCUAUUCCGGUACAAGAGAUUGUGCUUCGGGCUGGCCUCCGCGCCAUCUGCAUUUCAGAAGCUUUUGGCUAAUGGUUACGGUUAA